AUGGCUCAUGUAAGAACUUAUCGCACAAAUGUGAAAAUCGGAAACUGGAACGAGGACCUGCUCUUAGAAGAGGAUGCAAAGAAAGACUAUCUGGAGAAAAAGGAGCGGGGUGAGCUUACUGCCCAAAAAGUGGACUUCCUCAAACAGAACAUUUUGAGACCAGUGAACCUCUCUGUGACAACCGAUGGGAGACUGCGCUUUGGGGAUGUUGUAAUGUUGGUGAACAUGGGAGGAGAAAACAGGGAGCGCAGCGCAGUAAGCAUUAAUGCAGACAUGAGCAGUUUAGUAAAGGUUCCUUCGCCUGGCAUUCAGAGCCCAUGUGGAAUCAGUGCAGGAAGAGGCCUUCAGCCCUGCACACGCACUGCCUUUGUCAUUACCAGUGUAGAUGGCAGUCCUGAAGGAUCGACUCUGCUUUUUGAGCAGAAUUUUGCCCUGAAAACAACAAGUGGCUUUGCUAGGGGACUUUACUUGACGAGUGACCUACAAAGUUUUCAAAAGUGCGCAAAGAAAUCCCGCCUGCAAGAGGUAAACCUGGUUGAUGACACUUCCUUUCUUUCGUGGUGGAAGAUAGUGCACUUUGACCCCCAGGAGAGGCUUGAAUAUGAGGCUCAGCCCGUUCCUGCAAAUGUGAAGGUGCUGAUCAUACACUGCAAGACAAACCAGGCUCUUGCUGUUUUGGGUGAUCAAGUCCUUUGGACCACGUAUGGCAAAGAGUAUGAGGUGACGGCUCACACCUUCUUGGAUUCCCACAAAGCUGAAGAGGACAAAAACCACUGGAUACUUUGCACCUCUGACCCUGCAGGAGACGGGCUUGUACUUAUCAACCACCCAGAGUCUCUGGCUAACAACAGGGAGCUCACACAGGCAAACAGAGACUAAAUCUCACACAAUCCAAUCAAUCGCAUAU